UAGAUUUACGAGAAAGUGAAACUAACUCGAUCUGCAACCACACGGACUCCUGAAACGAUCAAAAGAACAGAAUACUGAAUCGUUCUAAGAACCUUUUAGACACACCUGAUACAGGUAAGCUGGAAGAGAUCAAGAGCAAUGGCAGAAUCUUCACCAGCAUCAGCAAAAGCAAGUAAGCCAUGGGGACAACAUUUUGACCAUAAACCACCAUCAAUGCCAUCCUCCAUUAGUUCACUGACAGAGGAGCUUCAGUGCUCUAUAUGUCUGGAUGUGUUCACUGAUCCAGUCAGCACUCCAUGUGGACACAACUUCUGCAAGACCUGUCUGAAUGAACACUGGGACCACAGCCAGAUCUGCAGCUGUCCAUACUGUAAAGACACAUUCAAGCAAAGACCUGAUCUCAAGAUUAAUACCACACUCCGAGAGAUUGUAGAUCACUAUAAAAAGAAAACUCCUGAGAAAAAGCCUGACGUUCUGUGUGACAUCUGUGAGGAAAAAAGGCUGAAAGCCCUGAAGUCAUGUCUGGUGUGUCAGAGCUCUUACUGUGAAACUCACCUGGAGCCUCAUUUGAGAGUGACAGGUUUGAAGAAACACAAACUGAUGGAUCCUGUGAGUAAUCUGGAGGACUAUAUAUGUCAGAAACAUGAGAAACCUCUGGAGCUGUUCUGUAGAGAUGAUCAGACAUCUGUGUGUUCAAUCUGCACUGUGAAAGACCACAAGAACCACAACACUGUUCCUAUAGAAGAGGAGAGUCAAGAGAAGAAGACUGAGCUGAUGAAGACACAGAAAGACGUGCAGCUGAUGAUCCAGGACAGAAUCAAGAAGAUUCAAGACAUCAAACACUCAGCAGAAGUCAGAAAAAGAAACACAGAGAAGGAUAGAGCAGCUCAUGUCGAGCUCUUCACUGAUCUCAUCCGCUCCAUUGAGAGAUGUCAGACUGAACUGCUGGAGAUGUUGGAGGAGCAGCAGAAAGCAGCAGAGAAACAGGAGGAAGAGCUGAUUGAAGAGCUGGAGCAGGAGAUCUCUGAGCUAAAGAUGAGAAACACUGAGCUGGAGCAGCUCUCACACACUGAAGAUCACCUCCACCUCCUACAGAUUCACUCAUCCCUGUGCAGCCCUAGAAACACCAGGAACUGGCCUGAGAUCAGUAUGAAGACUCAUGACAGUCUGGAAACUCUGAGGAGAGCUCUGACUCAACUGAAGGACACAAUAGAUGAGAAACUCACACAAACUGUGGAUGUGACUCUGGAUCCUGAUACAGCUCCUCCUAAACAACCGUCUAGCAUGAGUGGCCCUCAUCAUUCAGGUCAAGGUCAGCGCAGGAAGGAGCCGUGGAAGAUCAAAGCAAGCCUUUCCCUCACCGAAGAUUUUUUUUGUCCCUCGCUGAAUAAAGUGGAGAAUGUCUGGAAACCAUCAGUGAAGUGCAGCAGCCUCACCGACGAGGACAGGCCCGAGUCCUUGAAGACGCAGGAGCUGUUCAACCGUGUGUGGAGUGUGUUGAAUCAGCUGACGCCGCAGAUGUUCCAACCGCUGAUGAAGCAGAUGAUGAAGCUGACCAUUGAUACAGAGGAGCGUCUGAAGGGAGUGAUCGGCCUCAUCUAUGAGAAGGCCAUCUCUGAGCCCAACUCCUCUGAAGCCUGCGCCAACAUGUGCCGCUGCCUUAUGGGGCUGAAAGUUCCCACCACGGAGAAACCUGGAGAGACGGUGAAUUUCAGGAAGCUGCUGCUGAAUUAUUGUCAGAAAGAGUUUGAGAAGGACAAAGAUGAUGAAACGUUUGAGAAGCAGAAGGAGCUGGAUGCUGCUACAGGGGAAGAGGAGAAACAGAGGUGAAGGAAGACCUUGAGGACGCCAAAGAAAAAGCCCGCCAACGGUCGCUAGGCAACAUCAAGUACAUCGCUGAGCUGUUCA